CUCAGCACGAAAGCGUACAUCCAGCGUGAAACACACGCACAACCCGUUUUGUAGUGUUGUGAAUCAACUAAGUUGCCCCAAAGCUGUGUCUCACACUGCUUUCCUUGUACCAUAUCGAAGAGAGAUGUGAAUCUGUGUGGUCGCAGGCUUGUGGCUGCAUCCCCCAUACGCUACCUCCCCUGUACCCGAAAGGAUCACAAAACUUACAAACACACAGGUCUGCAUUUAUCAUUGAAGUCAAAAAAACACAACAUCCUGAAAAUGAGUUCAUCUGGUAAAGAUAAAAGAUAUCAGAAAGACAGAUCUGUCUCACCUGAGCCCAGCUGUGUGUCUAUGAAGAGUGACCAGUCAAUGGGUUUACCAAUAGCUUUUCAACAGGCAGAGAAAGAAAGUCUGAUUCAAAAAAAGAGGCCUGGUACACCUGAAACCAGAGCUCUAUCUAAGAAGAGGACAUCAGUGGACGAGCCGUUUGAACCGACACAAAGGUCUAAAAGGACAAAACAUGUGAAAGCCAGAUGUGUCCCACCUGAGCCCAGCUGUGUGUCUAUGAAGAGUGAGCAGUCAAUGGGUUUACCCAUAGCUUUUCAACAGACAGAGGGAGAAAAAGACAAACCUGGCAUUUCCAAUCCUCCAGUGGGGAAGUUAACUCAAAUCCAGGAUUCGACCAGAAAAUAUCCAGGAGGCAAUAUUAGAGUGAAGAGGGAGAAGGAACAUAAGAGCAGUAGCAGAGAACUGGACCCUACAUGGAAACAAAACUUCAAAACCAAACUACAGAACAAAUUUCAGAUGAUUAAUGAAGGAAUCUCAGUGUAUGUAAAUUCAAGACUUCUAAAUGAGAUUUACACAGAACUCUACAUCACAUCAGAUUCUGGGUUUGGACACAUCAAUAAGGAACAUGAGAUCAGACGUGUUGAAAAUUCACAUAGGAGACUAACUGAGGAGUCCAUCAAUUGUAAUGACAUAUUUAAAGCCUUACCUGGAGAUGAGAAACCCAUCAGAGCUGUGCUAACAGAAGGCAUUGCUGGAAUUGGGAAAACAGUUUCUGUUCAGAAGUUUGUCCUGGACUGGGCUGAAGGAAAAGCUAAUCAGGAUUUGGACUUUAUUUUUCCAUUUAACUUCAGGGAGUUGAAUUUUAAGAAACAAGAACAUCUCAGUUUGUUGGAGCUUCUCCACUUUUAUUUCCCAGAAACCAAAGAACAUAAAAUAGACUUUCAUCGUUACAAAAUCUUGUUCAUCUUUGAUGGACUGGAUGAGUCUCGUUUUUCUCCUGAUUUCAUAAGCAGUAAAAUGUUGACUGAUCCAACAGAAUCAGCUAGAAUAGAAGCUCUGUUAACAAACCUUAUUAACAGGAAUCUGAUUCCAUCUGCAUUUCUCUGGAUAACAUCUCGACCAGCAGCAUCCAGUCAGAUUCCUGCUGUUUAUAUUGACAGAGUAACAGAGGUACGAGGCUUCAAUGACCCUCAGAAAGAUGAGUACUUCCUGAAAAGGAUCAGAGAUCAAAGCCUGGCUAAUAAAAUAAUCUCACACCUAAAGUCAACUCGGAGUCUUCAUAUUAUGUGCCACAUCCCACUCUUCUGCUGGAUUUCAGCGACUGUUCUUGAGGGAAUGUUCAGUGAAGCAGAACGUGUAGAGAUCCCAAAGACCCUGACUCAAAUGUUCACACAUUUCCUGAUCUUACAGAUCAAACGCGGAUCCCAAAAGUACAAAAAAUGUGAAAUGAAUCCUGAACAGAUUGCAGACAUUGUAUUUAACUUGGGAAAGCUGGCGUUCCAGCAGCUGGAGAAAGGAAACCUGAUCUUUUAUGUUGACGACAUCAUUGAGUGUGGGAUUGAUGUCCAAGAGGCCACGGUGUACUCAGGGGUUUGCACUCAGAUCUUUAUUGAGGAAGUCACUUCACAGCUGGGGAAAGUGUACAGCUUUGUGCAUCUGAGUGUUCAGGAGCAUCUUGCAGCUAUGUAUGUAUUUCUCUCAUGUGUCAAUGGAAAUCUCUCAAAACAACAAACCCCUGAAAUCUUUGGUCUCUCCAGCAAAGCAACACUUAUAGACCUUCUAAAGACAGCAGUAGACAAGGCCUUACAGAGUAAGAAUGGACACCUGGACCUUUUCCUUCGCUUCCUCAUGGGUCUCUCACUGGAGUCCAAUUCGAUUCUCUUCCGGUGCCUACUGACAGAGACAGGACGCAGCUCUCUGAGCAAAGAUGCUGCAGUCACAAACAAGGAAAUAACCACAUACAUCAAGGAGAAGAUUAGAACGAAUCAAAUAUAUUCACCAAAGAAAACCAUCAAUCUCUUCCAUUGUCUGAACGAACUGAAUGCCCAGGCUUUGGUACAGGAAGUUCAAGCCUUUUUGAGUGGCACAGCAAAUAAUUGCCUCCAAGGCGUCAAACUUUCUCCAGUUCAGUGGUCAGCUCUGGUUUUCUUGUUGCUGAACUCAGAAAAUAAGCUAGAAGAGUUCAACCUACAGAAGUAUGAAGCAUCGGAUGAGUGUUUCAAAAAACUCCACCAAGUGGUUACAGUAUCCAGAAAAGCUCUGCUGUGUGAUAGUAAUCUUACAAAGAGAAGUUGUAAAGAUCUGGUAAAAGUCCUCAGCUCAGUCUCUUCAUGUCUGAGAGAGCUGGACCUGAGUAAUAAUAAUCUGCAGGAUUCAGGAGUCAAACUGCUUGCUGAUGGGUUGAAGAGUCCACAGUGUAAAUUAGAGAUCCUACGACUUGGAAAUUGCAAGCUCACAGAGAAAAGUUGUGCAGUUCUUGCUUUAGUUUUCCAAUCCAACAUAACGCAUCUGAAAGAGCUGUGUCUCAGCCACAAUAGUCUGCAGGAUUCAGGAGUGAAGCAGCUCUCAGAUGGCCUGAAAAGCCCACAUUGUAAAUUAGAGAUACUAAGGUUACGUGACUGUAACAUUACACUGGAAGGCUGUGUCGCUCUUGCUGGAGCUCUGAGGUCAAAUUCAUACCUGGAAGAGCUCAAUGUCAGCAGUAAUGAUUUAGGAGACAAGGGAGUGAAACUGCUAACUGAUAUAAAGAACGAUAAAAAGUACACACUGGAGAAGUUGGAUCUCCCGGAUCUGACCUGACCUGGUGUAAAAAGCCUUGUGGAGACAACACACUCACGCUUUCUUAGCUGUCCAUCAUCCUUCCUGACACACUUGCUUUCUGGACUGUUUUUACUGAUUUCACUAAUCAAGCAACUUGAAUGUUUGAGUGGUGUUUAUUCUUAGCUUCCAGGUCAAUAUAAUACUUUCAAAAUCAAAAUGAAGCUAAAAAAUAUAGUCAUUAAAAGCAAGUACUAAAAAACAUCCAGGUGAAACCAGAUCUAUAGUGGGCUAAAAUCUCCCACUUGCUAAAGUCCUAUGCUGGCCCUCUGCUUGGGUUGUUGUGGUGGUCAAAAGUCCAUGGUUAGGCAGAUGAUUGAAGUUGGGUAGAUGCCUGAGGAUGAUUACAAGCUCUUGGUUGGUCAGAAGCAAGUGGUUGAGUAGAUGUUCAUUGCCAGUCUGAUGCCUGAGGAGGUGCAGAGGUCUGACAUUGGACAGGAGUUAGUGAUUGGUUAGAUGCCCGUUCCUGUGCAGAAGUCUGAGUCUGCCUCUUGCUGAAUUCCCAGGUUAGGCAGAAGCUCAUGGGGGGUUAGAUAGCUGAAGAUGUGCAGAAAACUGAGUUUUAUAGCUCUACCAUGGGAGAAGCCUCAGGCUGGGUAGAAAACUGGGGCUGAUUUUGGCCAGAUGCUCCUGGUUGGUCAGAUUCCUGAGGUCGGUCUAAAAUAGAAAAAGCAUAUUACGACAUUAGACGGAUUCAGCCAUUUUUGUCCACACAGACUGCCCAGGUACUUGUUCAGUCUCUUGUCAUUUCUAGACUGGAUUACUGUAACACACUGCUGGCAGGUCUACCUAUAAACGCAAUUCGUCCUCUGCAAAUGAUCCAAAAUGCAGCUGCACGGCUUGUUUUCAACCUGCCAAAGUUCUCCACACCACCACACUGCUGCGAUCCCUCCACUGGCUUCCGGUAGCUGCACGCAUCAGAUUCAAAACACUGAUGCUGGCCUACAAAGCAAAAAUGGACCAGCUCCCUCUUACCUCAAAGCCCUCAUCAUUCCUCGCACUGCACCCCGCAACCUCCGAUCUACCAGCACUGCUCGACUGGUUCCACCAUCUCUCAGGGUAAGAGGCAAGUAUACUACAAGACUCUUCUCUGUUCUGGCACCUAGGUGGUGAAAUGAACUUCCCCUAGAGGUCCGGACAGCCGAGUCACUGGUUAUUUUCACUUAUUCAGGAAACACUUCAACUAGCACUUCUUUCCUUAUCUUUUGCAUUAAAAAAAAUGAAUUUUUUUCAUUGUAACUUUGAACAAUGUUUUAAACUCAUGGUAUCUUAAGUAUGUAACCUAGUGAACCAGCAUUAAUGUAGUCAGUGUUAGAGAUUUAAGCAGUUAUGUACGUCGCUCUAUAAGGGCGUCUGUCAAAUGCUGUAAAUGUAAAUAUGCCUGGGCAAGAAACUGUGCAGUAACCCCUCUUUGGGAAGCCCCAGAUUAGGCAAAUCACAGUUCCGUAUAAUGAGUCAAUUCAAUUAUAUUUUAUUUUGUAUAGAACUUUUAACAAUGGAUAUUGUUAAAAGUGCUAUACAAGUAAAAUAAAAAUAUUCCAAUCCUCCAAUUCGUCAGUGUAAAGGACCACUUAUGAAAUCCACCAGCAGCGAUGGGUGAAGACAGUCCACACUGGGAGAGAACCUUAGCCUUGACUUUCUCAUAGUCCCUUGCUUCAGCCAACGCAUAAUAAGUGCACUGCACCUCUCCUAAGGUGCUAGUGUCUGAGGCUAGACCUUUCGACCAGACCUCUAUUGGAUAGUGCAUUCAAAGGUGUGUACGUAAGCUCAACAAUGUUGUUGCCAUUGAUAUUGGGAACUAAGUGGUGGGCUUCAAAACAUGGGUCAGUGAACAGGGUUGGUACCUCAUGUAAGGCUAAAAGUUUAUUAGUAUUGGUAUUAGCAUGUAUCACAUUAUUACAAAACAGAUUUAAUUCAAUUUUGAUGAAAAUGAUUUUCACUUGUCCUUUUCAUUAAAAUCGAAAUGGCAUACAGUCAUUCCUAAUGUGAGAUACUGACUAUUAUGUACAGAUGUAUUCUCCUGUGAUGUAUAACUACGUGUUAUUCGGUGUGUCAUGUGAUGUACUUUGUGUUCUGUAAAAUCGGCUCUGUACAGAUCUUCCCAACUUUGUUGUUACAGUAUCACUUUAACUAGCAUAUGCUUUAGUAGAUGAAUAUUAUUACUGUUAUUACUGUUAUUAUCACUGGCUAUUUUCAAACGGCGUUCAAGACUGACUUAUUCAGGAAACAUAUCAACUAGCACUUUUUUCCCUAUCUUUUGUAUUUAUAAAUUGUUAAAAUUUACUUUUUCAUUGUAACGUUGAAAAAUGUUUUAGACUCGUGGUAUCUUUAUUAUGUAACCUAGUGAACCAGAGUUAAUGUAUCCAAUGAUAGAGAUUUAACCACUUAUGUACGUCAUUCAGGAUAAGAGUCUGUCGCAUGGUGUAAAUGUAUAUUACUGUUUUGAGCUGUUCAUUAGUAACUAAAGUGCACAUGAUUUGCUCACACAUGCAUGAAAGACAAAGAUCAUGGAGCAACAUGACUGAAUUAGGUAAUGCAUUUCAUCUAAAGCUCAACGAAAUCAAUUACGUUUAGAUCCAAUCACUGUGCAUUUUUUCAAUAAAUUUCAUUUUGCUUCA